UAGAUGAGCUGCAAGAGAUGGCUGGGAAGGAUACGUAUAUAAUGAGAGGUGUCUUGAGUGCAAUUCAGACGUCACAUGAAGUUGCUGUGAUUGCCAUCAUGUUGCUCCUCACCCUCCUAGCCCUACUGGGCUCCACCACUGCUAGCAGACUCUCGGUGUCUGGAACAGAUCUUACAUAUGGAGGUGAAAAGGUCUUCCUGAACGGCGUAAAUAUCGCCUGGAACAGCUACGGCUAUGACUUUGGAAAUGGCGGCUAUGACGGCACUCUAGAGACCUGGGUCGGGGAGAUCGGUAACGCCGGUGGCAACUCCAUCAGGGUGUGGGUACACGUGGAGGGCUUCAGCACUCCGGAAUUUGACGACGAUGGCUACGUCACUGACUGCGACAGGACUGGUCAGUUCGAGGACGACGUUCUCAAACUUCUGAAUGCUGCGCAGCAACACAACGUGUUAGUGAAUCUAGUCAUGUGGAACGGCGCUUACCUUACCAACCAGAAAGCCAUAAACCUGGUGUGGGACGACAGUAAACUUGAUUCCUACAUUCAAAAUUGUCUUAAUUCUCUGAUAAAUACAAUCAAGGGGCACCCUGCUCUGGCAUCCUUCGAGGCUGUCAACGAACCUGAAGGUUCAGUGCGGGUGGAAAGCAACGGCAAUGCGUGUUACGACACCACCACUAUCGGCCAAGACGGCGCUGGCUGGACCGGCACGAACAUCCCCAUGGAGAACUGGCUGCAUUUCAUUGGUCGACUGAACCAGGCCGUCCGUGCGAUCGACUCUAGCACUCUCACCACCAUUGGCUCUUGGGGUCAAUUCGCUCAGAAUGACGCCUUCUCUAAUUCUCACAACCACUACACUGACUCCUGCCUCAAUGGUGCGGCUGGCUCCAACUCUCAACUUGACUACUACCAAAUGCAUACUUAUGACUGGAGUGGCUCCUGGAGUCCCGGCGCUCCCUUCACUGUCUCUGCGUCUGACUAUAAUUUGAACAAGCCCAUAGUAAUUGGUGAGUUUGCGUCUGUGUGUGCUGCCGGCACCUCCCUGCCAGACCUCUACGAGUACGCCUACACCCACGGCUACAGUGGAGCCUGGAGCUGGCAUUACGUGGCCACCGGUGACUGCAGUGACUCCAGGGAUGCCCAGCAACAAGCACUUGGUCACCUCAAGGGUAGAACUGAUCACGGCACCGUUAGUUUCACGGUGGGAUAACUGCCACGCAUUAUCCCUGACAUUCCAACAGAAAACGACUGAAAAUAUGUGCAAACUUAUUUGAAAACUAAGACACCAUCUAUGUUUUUUCCAAACAUUUAAAUAUAAUACCACAAAAUAUCUCAGAAUCAGAAGACAACACCUACGCCUUCAUGUUUGAGAUACUCUGUAAAAUAAUAAAAAUGCCUAAUU